CAGAGCUGCAAGGGUGCCAAGCACGCAUCCAGGCUGAACCCACGUCGUGCGAACGAGCACCAGGGCCUGGUGAGGGAGGGAGUCUGAGCCAAGGCCAUGCCCUUGAGGGUAAAGGCUACCGAAAAGGCGCCCUGAGGGCUAACGCUGUUGGAGGCCUCCUCCCAGGCUCCGGGCUGCGCAUGCUGUGUGACCUUGGCCCAGCCUCUGACCUUCUCUGGAACUUCAGUGUCCUCGGUCUGUAACGUUGGCAGAGAUGGUCCCAAUCCCUGAGGCUGGGUGUCUCUGCAAGUCCAGAGCUUGCAAGGGGUUAAGCUCCGCCUGCUGACUCUCACUGUGCUCUCGCAGAGCCCCCUCCUUCUGACAAACACUUGUAGGAAAUCGGGCUGGGCGCUUCCUGCCCAGGCGAGGCGGCCUCAGCCGCAGCAGGGGCGGGGAGAGGUGGGGAGCGAUGCUGCUCCGGCUGGCAGAGCGGCCUGGAGGCGGGCCAGGGCGCCAUGGAGGCGGGGGGCGCCCCAGGUUUGGAACAAAGACCUCAUGGGCAGGUCCCCUGAGCCUGGGCCAGCAGGACGGCGGUGGUGCCCGAGAGAGGCUGCAGGCAGCAUGGCCAGUACUGAGACGAGCCGGCAGUGACUCAGGCGCCCACGGUGGCAGCUCUGUCUCCUGAGGAUGAAGUGGCCCGAGUGGAGCACGGGCUAGGCCCGAUGGCCAGCUCCAGGACGGAGGUGCGCUGGGCCGAGCCCAGCCUGGGGAAAGGGCCCCGGCGGCGGCGCUGGGCCUGGGCCGAAGAGGAAAAGGAUGCCAAUGGGAUACGGGUAAAAGAGGCGCCCUUUCCCAGUGCCACCAGCCCUGAGCUCCUGGAGGACUUCCGGCUGGGGCAGCAAUGCCUGCAGCCACCAGCGUGGGGCCCGGACCCCCCACCUGCUGAACGCCGGGAUUCCCAGUCGGGAGAGUCUGCGGGAGAGGACUUUGAAGUAGAGGAUGUGGACAGCCCAGAAAGUUCCACCUUGCCUCUCAGCUGGCUCCCCCAGCAGGGUCCUCAGCAGGUCAUGACUGAAGGGGAGCCGGAUGAGACCCUCAGAGGUCCUGAGGUGGAGGAAGCCAGAGAGAGCUCCCCAAGAUUGGGGCAUGAGACUGGUCUCAGCUCAGGGGACAAUGGAAACACCAGCCCCAUGGCUGUGGGCUGGGAUCAGGAUACAGGCUGGGGGGCCUCUGGCAAACAAGCCAGUAGAGACAAACUUCCAGAACAUUCUGAGGUCAACCCAAUGGUUGACUUCAGCUCUGCAAGGUCCUGGAGCAGUGGGACCGUGAGCCUUGACCACCCCAAUGACAGCCUGGAUUCUACCUGGGAAGGAGAAACUGAUGUCCCCCCGCCCACUGCUCCAGAAGAAACUUUACCACAGAGCUCCAGCCACCACCUCCGAAACCCAAACGCCAGGAGCGUUGCUCUGGCAACCCCCACGGAAUUCCAGGACUCCUCAGGACCCCAGACCCAGAGCCUCCAGGGUCCAGUGGACAAGUGGAAAGAAACUACCAGCCCCUCCUGCCCUCAGUUCAGGGACCAAGCCUGGAAACAGACACGGACAUCACCUAAGCCACUACCUUCUCGGUUCACCGGCUCCGUCAGCCCACCGAACCUGCCUAGGCCGGCUCGGCAAGGCAGCCUGCCACCCAGGCAGGGGGCCACCUUGGCUGGCCACUCAUCUUCUGAUGCCCCCAAGUAUGGCCGGGGGCGGCUAAACUACCCGCUCCCUGAUUUCUCGAAGGUGGGACCCCGGGUGAGGUUCCCCAAAGAUGAGAGCUACCAUCCCCCCAAGGCCAGGAGCCACGGCAGGCAGCCUCAGGGCCCGGCCAGGCCACUGAUCUUCAAAUCACCUGCUGAGAUUGUACGGGAGGUACUGUUGAGUAGCGGCGAAGCCUGCCUGGAAAAGGACCCGCCUCCUACCCACCCCAUCACCAGGGUACCCCAAGAAUUUCAGACUCCUGAACAAGCCACCAAACUGGUCCAUCAGCUCCAGGAGGACUAUCACAAGCUACUCACCAAGUACGCAGAGGCGGAAAACACCAUCGACCAGCUGCGCCUUGGGGCCAAGGUGAACCUGUACUCGGACCCGCCCCAGCCCAGCCACAGCAUCUGUGCAGGGACAAUGCCCCAGGGGACCAAGGUCUUGUCCUUCACCAUCCCACAGCCCCAGUGUGUGGAGCGGUGGUCAGGGCCUGAAGCCCGACAGGCCUCUGGGGCCUCAGGGUGGCCAUCAGUUCAAAGAGACCCGAGCCCCUCCUCAUCUGCCCCAGGGUGGCUUGUGGGGAACACAAGCGUCACCCAGGACCUGCUGUCAACAGAGUGGACCGAGGAGAAUGCAGGCGUCGCCCAGGACCCGCUGUCAGCGGAGCAGACCCAGGCGCUGGCUUCUCAGGCCAGCCUGUUCCUGGCCAAGGUGGAGUCCUUCGCAGCACUGGUGCGGGCAGGCCGGCUGACGCCCCAGGACCAACUCAAGGGCUUCCAGCGGCUAAAGGCUGCCCACGCCAUCCUGGAGGAGGAGUACCUAAGGGCCCGCAGGGAGCAGCAGCUGGCUGGCCCCCGGGGGACAACCGGGACAUUUGAUCCCAGCAGGGCACUAGAUGAGGAGAUGCUGCAGCUGGGCAUCCACCUGGAAGAGCUGAAGGACCUCGUGGAGCAGAGCCAGCUGGAGCCCCAGCGACCCGGGUCAGACCGCACUCCGGACAGGCCCCCAGCCGCGGCCUCUCCACACCAGCCAGCGCACCCACCUUCUCCUUCCGGACAAGCCCCCACACCUGCCGCCCACACCCUCUACCCUCAGCCUGACGCCACCAGCAGUGGCCCCUGUCCAUCGCAUGUGAACGAGGAGCUGAGCACGGCCAGCAGUGAGACGGAGGACGGCCCCCUGGGCCUCCCGGCUCCAAUCAGGCACAAGGAGCUGCAGGUGGGGCGGGACUUCCAUGGCCUCCUGGAGCGGUACCUCAGCGUGAAGAGCCUCCCAGAAGCCAUGAAGGUGGAGGACGAGGAGGAGGAGGAGGGAGGGGGGGAGGUGGACGAGCAGGAGGAGGACGGACAGGGCCAUAUGGUAGCAGUUGAUGGACCAGCUCCAGCUCCACGGAAAUCAGAGGCCACCAGGAUCCCCAUAAGGCGGCUUCCAGCACCGGCUGAAAGAAGUCACAGGACCCCCCUCAAGGACUCUGUGGAACAGAUGGUGUCUGCCACGCCAGCGGGCUUCCAUGCACCCCUGGCCAGAGAUGGCUACCUUCAGGACCAGGAUGAAGCUGAGGCAGCUCCCCUAGGCCCCAGCAGGCCACCUCACCCUCGGGGCACCCAGACCUCCGCCUCCCACCAGAGCAGUCUGACCAGCUUAGAGGGAAGUGGCAUCUCUGAGCACCUUCCCCAGAAGUCUCUGCACCAAGCUGGUGGGCCCCACCUGGAGGAGCCCUGGAUGGCAUCCCCCGAGACAGACAGUGGUUUUGUGGGCUCCGAAACCAGCAGGGUGUCGCCCCUCACCCACACACCAGAGCAUCGGCUCUCGCACACCAGCGCUGCAGGAACAUUGGCCCAGCCCUUCGCCACAUCUGAGCCCCGGGACGCAAUCUCUCACCCCCAGACCGCGGGCCCUCCAGUCCCCAGAAGAUCUGCGGAGCCCAGCACACCCAGGAGGCGAGCCCAGAGGCGACCCUCUGGCCAGGACAGUCCUCUGCGGCAGAGGGCACCCAGCUUCCGCCAGGAGCAGGUGCCAGUGGCCCAGAUGGUGGUGCCUGGCUCCGAGCUGGAGGGGCGGCAGCGGAUUUCGGAGCAGCUGGCCCGCAGCGAGACAGUCAGCCCGCACCCCACCUCGGGCCCUGCCACGGCCGCUGUGCCCCGGGGGCUGACGGAGAGUGCCCGCACGGUCCUCCUCACCAGGACAGGGCGAGACCAGGCCAUCCGGGAGCUGCAAGAGGAGGUGUCUCGGCUCCGUCUGCGGCUGGAAGACAGCCUGCACCAGUCGCCUCGGGGCAGCCUGAUAGGCCCCGUGUCCCCCUUCACCUACCCCGCCCGGGCCCGGGCCCAACCGGCAGACUCCUCAGCCGCCUGGGGUCCCCACUGUUGCAGUAAAUCCACAGAGAGGCUGUCUGGUGAGCCUGCAGGUGCAGAGCAAUCUGAGCCCAUGGGAAGGCGGCGAGCCAGGUCCUCCUCCGUGCCUCGGGAGGCGCCCCUGCGGUCCCUGAGUUCCGAAUCUGAGCCAGCCUCCCCGCAGCUGCUGUGUGGGAGGAGCCCGGCCUCUGAGGACAGUGUGCAGGCAGCUGGCGGCGGACCGAGAAGAGCGGGCGGCACCCGGCGGCCAGACAGGGUCACCUUCCGGGGCCAGUACACAGGCCAGGAGUACCAUGUUCUGACCCCCAAGAUAGUCCCAAGAGGCGGCGGCACAGUCUCCUGUCCCCACUGCCGACUCUCGAGGACCCAGGACUCAGGUGGUACUGUCAUGAGGGACCCCCUGGGACCCGCUGCCACUGACACCCUGCGAUGUCCCCUGUGUGGUCAAGUCAGGUCCCCGCCAGAGACGGAUGGCCCAGACUCAAGCACCUCUGGGCCAGAAAACGCUGCCCCAAGGAGGAACACACGCUCACACUCAGCCUCCAGCCCCUCAACGCGGAGCAAGCAGGCUGGAGCCCCGGCCCCGCCGCCCUCUGGACUGUGGUAUCUGGCUGCCACGCCCCCAGCACCGGCCACUCCCGCCUUUGCCUACGUCUCCUCGGUGCCCGUCAUGCCUUAUGCGUCGGCUGCCAUGUACUACGCACCUCGGGGACCUACCUCAGCUCCCUCGCCCCAAGCUGCCGCUGCCGACUGGCCCCCCUCCGCCUCCUCCCGGCCGGCCCGGGGGCACCGGCACUCCAUCCAGCUGGACCUGGACGACCUGGAUGAGCUCCACAAAGCCCUGAACCGAGCUGUGCGGGCUGCCGAGAGCAUCCGCUCCACCACCAAGCACAUGAGCCGCUCCCUGUCGGCCGACCUGCGCCAGGCCCGGAGCCUCCGGGGCUCCUGCCUCUUCUGACUUGGCCCUGGAGACUCAGACACAGACGGGGGUGGGGGUGGGCAGCCCGCUCCGUCCCCCAGGCCGGGAGUCGGCGGGAGCCAGUCCUUUGGGCCCUGUAGACCCCUCUCGAGGGAGCUCUGAGCACUGGGGUGCUGGCGGGGGCAUCGGGAGAAGGAACUUCCCGGGGGACCCCCCCUGGGCCUGAGGCCACCACCUGCCUGGAGAAGAGCCUCCUGGCCCUGCACUGCCCCCGUCUGGCUAAUAAUAUGUAUUUUAUAUGCA